GUAUCAUGAGAAUUUACACCAGAACACAGAUGAUGCAAAAGAAGCCAUCAAUGAUGACAGACUAAAAUUGACCAAAGAGUGGGUCGACAAAACACUAGAAAAUUUUGAUGUCAUGUCUGUGAGAAGUGAUCACUCCAUGGGUGAAGGGCCGACGUUUAGAAGUAAAAGGCAAGUGGACAAGGAAACACAGACAAAUGAGGACUCCUGGAUUUCCAUGGUUCGUUUUGAUACUUGGGUAGCCGUGGUGGUGGGAAUCACUGCAUUGUUGAUUAUGUUGUAUUUGGCUUUUAAAGGACAAGAGAUUGAUCAUCAUGAGCUGAGACUGAUGCUGGUGGGUAAAACCGGAGCUGGGAAGAGUGCUUCAGCAAACACCAUCCUGGGAGAAGAAGCUUUCAGAGUCGAGGCGUCUCCAGCUUCUGUGACUCCAGACUGUGAGAAUAAAACCAAAGUUGUGGACGGAAGAAACAUCACUAUAAUCGACACUCCGGGGGUCAUGGAUACCUGGUUAAUGUCAGAUGAAGAAGCUCAGAAUGCACCUGACUGUAUUUCCAUGAUCGUUCCUGGUCCUCACGUCUUCCUGCUGGUGAUCAAAAUCGGGAGAUUCACCGAGGAGGAGGUGAACGCUGUGAAGUGGAUUCAGGAGAACUUUGGAGAAGUAGCUGUGAAGUUCACCAUGAUCCUGUUCACUGGUGGAGAUCUGCUGGAGGGGAAGCCCAUUCAGAAGUUUAUCAGUAACAGUUACGAGCUUCAGCAUCUUGUAGAUACCUGUGAUGGUAGAUACCACGUCUUUAACAACUACGACAGAAGUGACAGAACUCAGGUUACAGAAUUAUUCCAAAAGAUAAAGCUCAUGCUACAUGAAAAUAUGGGAUACAUGUACACAAAGGAGGUGUAUAAUAAUGUCCAGCAAGCCAACAAAGAAGAAGAGUUAAGAAAGCUAAAACAGAUGAAGGAUGUGGCAGUUAAACUAAGAGACGAACAAUACGAAAACAUCAAAUUAAAAUCAGCUCUGGAACAUGCACAGAACACUAUUAGAAUCAUACAGUUCAUUUUAGUCGCUCUCUUUGUGGUUCUUUUGUAUGUUUGGUUUAAAAAGUGAACUUAAAGCUUUUAAAUUGUAUUUAAUGGUACCAGUGUGUUGGCAAGACCAACCCUACCAAGCCAAAUAUAUAUUUAUUCUAAAAACACACAGGGGUAAAGGUGACAAUAUACAGUACAAACACUGUAAUAUAUGAUCACUGCUCCUGAACGAAUGACUUCAGACUGUAUUUUCCUCCUUUUCUUUUAGUUUUAUAGCUAAGUGUGUUGAGUGAAACUUGUUGAUAAAAUGUAUGCACUUUCGUUUUAACAAGUACUGGAAUAAAUAGGUGUGGAAUCCAAAGUAAUGCACUGAGAUCCUCACCAAAAAAUGACUGUGAAUAUCUUUACACUCUACAGUACUGUGAAAAAAAAGGCAUGGUCUAUGAAUUAACAUGAAAGAUUCAAAAGUUUACAAUAAAUGUGUGUUUUAUUGC